GUAAAUUACGCUCUUAUAGUUUUCGAUCCUAACUAAUACAUAAAAUCAACUCCAAGCGUAAUUAGUGAAAGUUGUACAUUCACCAGGCAAUAUGAAAGUGUCACCAUGGAGGAUUGUGAAGCAAUAGAUGAUAUGUAUGGAAGAAUGCAAGUUCGUUUUAAUGGUUUCAAAAUUUCAAGAUAAACCCUAAAUCCCUUGAAAUGCGCGGUGUGUUUGUGCGAGUGUGAGAACACCGAAACGCUGCAUUUGAUCCCGGUGUGUGCCGCACCAACCUCGUACCGGCAGAAUCCUAGGAUUCUGGCUCCAACAACGGUGUUGCUACUGUUCCCGUUCGCCAACCGUGGCUAAUGGGUAUUGAUUGUGAAUUUCACUGGGUAGGAUAGCUAGCUGGUUUUCUUUAAUCUGAUUGAUUUUGAAGGGUUUCUUCUGGUUCCAAGGAGUAUGCUUUCUCAACUCCAGCACAGGCAAUAGAGCUUCGAGCAGGGGAGUCCAGAGAAGUUAUUUUCCAGGCCACGCGUGAAGCCUACAGGCUCUAUAAAUGUCGUUAAAGCACGAAGAAGAUGAUGAUUGUUCUAUCUCAAAACCAAUUGAGCAUGGACUUUCUACUCCACCAACAGUCAGUGGCUCUACAAAUAUGAGACUACCUUCCCAUAAGAAACGGAAAAAUCGAUCAGAAGCUUGGAAUCAUUUCAUUCAACUAGAACCUAAAUCGGAUAAGAGGGCUCAAUGCAAGUAUUGUGAUAUCCUUAUUCGAUAUGAGAAAGGAACAACUUCAAUGCGUAAUCAUGUGUUGAGAUGUCCAAAUAACCCCAAUAAAGAAGUAAACAAGAGGCAAAAAGUAAGUGCAUCUUCAACAACUGAUGGGAAUAUCAACUCUCUUUCUUAUGGUAGAUUUGACCAAGAACUUUGUCAAGAAGAACUACUAAAAAUGUUUGUGGAAGCUGAACUUCCCUUUCGAUUUGUAGAGCAUGUUGCUUUUAGGAGAUAUUUAAAUGCCUUGCAACCAAGAUUUAAGAUCCCAUCACGCCAUACCUUAUCACAGAAUAUUGUAACAUUAUGGAAUGCAAGGAAGGUACAUUUGAAGAAUUUUCUUUCUCAACAUUGUCAAAGAGUUUGUCUCACUACCGAUACGUGGACUUCACCUCAAAAUCAAAGUUAUAUGUGUUUGACAGCCCAUUUCAUUGACAAUGAUUGGAAUUUGUAUAAAAAGAUUUUGAAUUUUCGUCAAGUAAUAAGCCAUACUGGAGAGGCCAUAGCUAAAUUUGUUGAGUCAUGCUUGCAUGAAUGGGGGUUGAGUCGUGUUUUGACCUUGACAGUAGAUUAUGCUACAUCAAAUGACACGAGAAUUCAACACUUGAAACAAAGACUAUUGUCUUGGAAUAACUUGGUUUUGAAAGGUGAAUAUAUUCAUAUGCGUUCUUGUGCACAUAUCUUGAGCUUAAUUGUGAGUAGUGGGCUAAAAGAGAUUAAUAAAUAUGUUUUAAGAAUUCGUGCUGCAGUGAAAUAUAUUAGAUCAUCUCCUUCUAGAUUUAUGAAAUUCAAAGAGUGUGUUGGAAAACAAAAUAUUGAACAUAAGGGUCAUAUUUGCUUGGAUGUUGAAACAAGGUGGGAUUCAACCUAUUUGAUGUUAGACGCUGCUUUCAAGCAUAAAAAAGCAUUUGAUGAGUUUGGGUUUCAUGAUACAGAAUAUGCUAAUGAGUUAGGAAAGGGAAUUGGAUUGCCUUCUUAUGAAGAUUGGGGAUAUGUUGAGUCUAUUCUACCUUUUUUAAGCAUUUUUUAUGAAGCUACUUUGCGCAUCUCUGGUACCUCUUAUGUUACUAGUAAUAUGUACAUGUUAGAGGUGUUUGGAAUUUGGAAUGGGAUUAAUCAUUUGCUUAAGUCCAAUGGUACAAGCAGUGCUACAUAUAAGAUGGCUGAAAAAAUGAAAAAAAAUAUGUGAAAUAUUGGGGUGAACCUAACAAGAUGAAUAUGUUGUUGUUAAUUGCGGUUGUCUUGGAUCCUAGAUAUAAAAUGGGUUAUAUGAAUUGGACAAUUGAUCAACUUUUUGAUCCUGAAAAGACAAAUGAUGGAUGGGUGUUAAAGUCAAGGUUGGAUAUUUCCUUAAAGUUGUUGUUUGAUGAAUACAAGAGUCGAAAGGAGGGAGUUGAAAAUGUCCCACAACAAACACAUGCAGAGAUACCUAGUUAUAAGAAUGAUCCAUAUGGUUGGAAUAAAUUUUUGCAAACAACCGGAUUAACCUCUUCAAACAAAUCUGAGCUUCAAAAGUAUUUAGAGGAAGAGCUUGAAAUAACUACAAAUUUGAGCAUUCUUGAUUGGUGGAAAGUUAAUUCUGGUAGAUUUCCAAUCCUUUCAAACAUAGCACGAGAGUUAUUAGCUAUGCCUGUUUCUACAGUAGCAUCUGAGUCCGCAUUUAGCACAAGAGGAAGAGUGCUUGAUCCAUAUCGUAGUUCUUUAUCACAUCAAAAGGUGGAGGCACUUAUAUGUACACAAGAUUGGUUAAGAGACAUACCUUUACCAUCAUUAUUAGACUAUGAUUUUGAAGAACUCCAAUGUGUUGACCAAGAGUUGGUUUCAAAUUACCACAACAUGAUUUCUUUGAGUUAAAGCUCAACACCAUGCCUCUUGCAACCAGUAAGUACCUAAAUGGACUUCCAUUGUUGUUUUCAUAUAUAAUUGUUUUUAGGUGGCUCUCAUGUUUCCAUUAGCUUAAUGUUAGAAAUAUAUAACUGUUGUCCUUUUUUCAAUGAUCAAAUUCUUACUGCAGGUACAUUUGUUGUGAAUGGGCUUUUGGUAUGGAGAUAGAUAGUGAUAAUAUGACCUAUAACACUCCCUAUUUCAUUACGUUUUUUUUUUUUUUUUUUGCAUUUAUAUUAGGCUGAGUGCCCCUUUCUAUGAUUGAGCUUUUGCACUGCGAAACAUAUAGCUGUGGAAUUGCCAGUUUUAAAUAACAUGAUGUAUUCUUUUUCUUUGCAGUGUGUUACCUGCCUGCUGGUAAAUGUUUUCGUUCAACUAUAAAUUUCUUCUAUGUUUAUUUGAUGAUGUGUAGCGAAUUCUUAGAUAUAAUGAAUAUUUUGUAUGUACUUAUUAUGGGUUAUCAAGAGUAUACUUUUUUUUUAAUAUCAA